ACCUGUGGGAAGAAAAUUAAAUGCUCUCAAUAUUAUUUGGUGUUGUUUGUUAACUUUCUCAAAUUUACUUACAUUUGUCGGGCUGCAUGAAUUCCUUUGGUAGUUUGAAGCACAGAGAAGCACUUCCUGUACCAACACCUCUCUCUCUCUCUCUUGCAGGUGUGGCUGAAUGCUGAUACUGGAUAACUGGAUGAGAUAGUAAUGGUGUGGUUUUGUGGGUAGUGCCACUGUGGAUGCAGAGGCAGAGGCAGCCAUCCUCAUAGUCAUCCUAUUCACCGUAUCCUAUUUUCGCUGUGCGGCAGGAUGGGUGUGAAGGGCCUGUGGGAGAUGGUGUCACCCACGGGGGAGCUGGUGUGUCUGGCAGGCUUCGCAGGGCAGGCAGUGGCCGUGGACCUCGCGGGCUGGCUGGUGGAGACUCAGAGCCUGCAGCUCAGCCACGUGAUGACCCGACCACACCUCAGAAACCUGUUCUUCCGGACAGUGGCAUGCCUGCAAGCUGGAGUGGUGCCUGUGAUGGUGCUGGAGGGUGAUGCACCAAGCCUCAAGUGGAACACCAUCAUUAGCCGUAACCAGAGGAACUUUGGUCAGCCUCAUGGUGGUCGUGGUGUCAGUGGUGUCUCCUCCACCACCACAACUGCAAACACAGGGAAAAGAAGUCAUUUCAAUGCCAUCUUGAAAAAAUGCACGGAGCUGUUUGACCUGCUGGGUGUGCCAUGGGUGCGGGCUGCAGGGGAAGCUGAGGCCACCUGUGCUGCUCUUAACUACCACAAGGUGGUGCAGGGAGUGAUAUCUCAGGAUAGUGAUGUUUUCCUCUAUGGUGGCAACACUGUCUUCCGCAACUUCACUGCCAAUCAGAAGAAAGUGAUGGCUGAGAAGUUUAAAAUGGACCUCAUUGAAGAGCGGUUGCAGAUGACCCGAGAUGGCAUGAUACUACUUGCUAUAGUGCUGGGCUGUGACUACCUGCCUGGAGGAGUGCAUGGGGUGGGCAGAGACACAGCGCUCAGAUUCUUGAGGAUGGCUUACACUGCUGGAGACAAACACCCAACACAGAGAUUCAAGCAGUGGGCCGCGGAAUGCAUCUCAAUACCAGCGCCCUCUGAGCUUGCCUCUACAAAGUGGAAGAAAGGGAGUGAUAAUGUCUUGGAGGAGGGACUGAAAAAGAGGCUUGUUUCCACUCAAGGCUUUCCAUUCACUGAGCUCCUGUCAGAAUUUAAGAACAAGCUUCCCCAGCCCUUGAAGAAAGUGAAAUGGUCUCAGCCAGACUUUGAAGGACUUGUUCGGUGGUGUGGCAGGAUGUUGGACUGGGAGGCCUCCUAUGUGGUGCAGAAGGUGGCGCCAGUGGUGACGCGCUGGACAGUCACUCAGGGAGCCGUACCCAGAUCACUCCAGCCAGUCAGUGUGGUGAAGCGGUGUGUGAAGCAAGGAGUGGUGUGUCUCAAGCUGCAGUGGCAGGUGGCUGCCUCCUCCUCGUUGCCACCAGACACCCCAAACCACCUCACCACUGAGGAGCCACUGGAACUGCUGCGCUCUUCACUGCCUCACCUGGUGCAGGACUUUGAAGACCUUGUCUUGGCUUCAAAGAAAGGCAAAAAGAAAACCAGGAACAGGAAGACCAAAGGAGGCCUGGAAAGUAAAGAGAACAAGGAAAAUAUUCCCAAACAAAUGCACACUAUAACAGAAUACUUCAAACCAGUCACAUCAAACAGUACAGCUGUAACCAAGACCACCACCACCACCACCACCGCCAUCACCACAUCCCACAGUGUAUCAGGCAACAAAGUCAGGGAUAUAAGGAGAGUGAAACACGAGCAGACUUCAUCUGACCACAAGUCCUUAGGGAAACACAGCAAUGAAGGUCUACAUCAACACAGGGAAGACCAGCACAGUAAAGAUGAUGAUUUUGAUGAUGGGAAAGAGGAGGAUGAAGAGUGUGAUGAAAGGGAAUUAUCUUUGAUUAUUGAUAGGAUCAUUAACAUCAAAAUGAAUGUAGGAAGUGAACAGCAGAGUACUCUCCAACAUAAGAAACAAAGGAGUGUGAGCAAGUCUGACUGUAGGGAAAAAUCUCCAUUGGUGCAGAAUCUGAGUCAUCCCAGUGUUUGUCAUUUGGGGGAAAAAAUGCUGAAUGAGAGUGUGACAUACUUAGAUGAGGAGAAUUCAUCUUUACCACUAAGACCAAGUUUAUUUGACAGAGCAUCAAAAAGACUUUCUAAGAAAAGAAGCAACCUUUCAGAAAUUUCCUUCAGUAAUGUCAAGACAGAGAUAGAGCCUUGUUUAUCUGAAAACAUUUUAAAUAAUAGUACUGAUAAGUGUUUUGGUUCAGCAGAAAACUCUUCCAACACUUCCACAAUAGAAACAUAUGAAAGUGAGAUAGAUGUGCCUAGAUGUCUUGAAUUAGAGACAAGACCAUUGCGUCAUGAUGUAUCCAGAGACAUGUUUGAGGACUCUUUGACCAAAGAUAGCACCGAUGUGAUGACUAGGGACAUGCCGAGUGACGACACUUUGGCUGAGAUGUUUAAGGACAGCUUGGUUGUGGACACUUCAUUAUCAGACUCAGAUAUUAAACAAGAUUUACAAAGAUAUGAAGGAGCAGGAUGCAGUAAGAAUAUUUCUCGAAGAUGUCUCCUUUCUCAAGACUGUGACCUGAAUUUAUCUUUUGUCCAGCCUGAUUCUCCAGUGCAGGGAUGUGAUUCAUCAUAUCCUGUCUGUCGGUCACAUCCUUCAGGCUUGGAUUAUAAUUCUGUUCUGGUUGAAAAUUGUGAUUUAAAAAGAAUUUCUUGUGAAGUAAAGACCAAAAGAAAAUUUCCUGCUGAUAUUGUUGAUUUUGAAAAUGUUCUUAGUGAAAAACAAAGUAGUGAGUACCCUUCCCUAAUCUCACUGCCUGCAGUUAAAGGUUUUGAGGAGGAAGAUUCAGAAAGUGUUAAGUGCUGGUCCUCAGAGAGUCCCAACUAUGUUGGCAAUGCUGCCACACCAUGUGUCACACAACCACAGCAUUCCACAGCACAACAUUCCAGCAAAAUAAACGGUCAAGAGGCAACAACACUGAAAGAUAUUUCAGGCUAUUGUGAGGAUGUUCUUCACUAUAGUAUUCAUUGUGAGACAUCAAUAAUUGCUUCAGACUGCAACAAAGAGUCUGUUGAAGAAAUAUCAAGUGCAGAAGAUACUUUUACAUCUAGUCCACUGACAAGUACAAAGACAAACUUUUAUGAAAGUAAGGAUUACUCUAAUGCUGCACAGUUUAAUCUCAACAAUAUGAAGGGAGGAAAUGUGAAUAAAAAGGGAGACCUGUCAGUUAAACAAACAAUUGAGAACCAUAUUGAACAACAACCUGCACAAGAUGGCAGCAAAGUGUGGGCUUGUGAACCCUUCUGCUCCCCACAAAUAGUCACACUCUCACUGGCACAGAGACUUAAGUUAAAGUGUACAGAUAAACGAUACAGAAAACUGAUUGAUGACCUCUCGUGAUGCUUUAGUUGACAUGUUCACUUGUGGUCCAUUUCUUUGUAUCAUUAUUUCCUUUAAGAUUCCUCAGGAAACCUCUGAAUAUAAACAUUUUUGUUGUGGCUACAUAGGAUAGAAAAAGCCAAAUAUUGUGCUACUUAAAAAGACCUAGAUACACCAUGUUUUGUAAAUAUAAUUUUCUUAACUUUGGAAAUAUGUAAAUAUGUAAAAUGCCUAUUCUUGGAAUAGUUUUAUAUAAAGAUUCAAACAUUAAAGAUUCUCUAUCUGAGCUGCAAAUUUCCUUAAAGGUUGGCAGCCAGAUUGUGAUGAUGUUCCUAUAGCUGUCAUGUAGGAAUGAAGUAUUUCAAUACUCAUGAUUCAUUAAGUGAAGAAAAGAACUUGUGUGCAAGUGUUAGUAAGUCAAGAUAAACUGUAGCAGAAGUGGUAAAGCAAAAUAUUGACAGUGAAGAUUAUGACCUGUUUGUGUGGCAGCAAGACAAACAAGAUCAACUGAACUCCUUUUUGGGACAUUUUGGUCAUUAUGACUAUAUCAGUGAGGUAAUAUACCUGGAGUGCACUGUCGGGUUUGCUGGUUUGGUCUGCAGACACUUUCAUAGUCUCAGUAUACUCGUAUGUUUUGUUACAUAACAAAACUUAAUUUGAGGUGAAUUGUGGAGCUGUAAAAUGGCUAAAUGCAGUGACAUGGAGUAAAUUCAUCCAAAGAAUGAUUGCUAACAAAAGAAAAGAAAAAAAAAAAUCAGUAAAGUUUAGGAAUCUAAUAGUGAAAUAAAAAAUUUCUUUGGUACAAAAUGUAUUAACUAACAAUUCUUCCUUAAAUACUUAACAAUUCCUUAAACAUGUCUGUUUAAUUUGUACAUAUAUUAUUUAGUUAAUAAAUGUUACAAAGAAU